AUUUAGCACAUACAGAGAACAACACCAAUACAGAGAGCAACACCUUCAGAAGCUCUGCGCAACAGAUAGCAAGGAAUUUGGAUGCCGCUACUGAUCCUACCACGCCAUGGAAAAUAACUUUCGAUCAACAGGAGUGCCCCCUGGCCUGGAGUACCUAACACAGAUCGAUCAAAUCUUGAUCCAUCAGAAAGUGGAACUGCUGGAGGCCAUCACUUCCUUUGAGACUAAAAACCGGUACGUAAUCAAGAACAGUUUGGGACAGGAAAUCUACACGGCCAAGGAGGAUAGUGACUGCUGUACCCGGAACUGCUGCGGUCCCAACCGCAUGUUUGAGAUGAAGAUCAAAGACCACAGUGGCCAGGAGGUCAUGCACCUGGUCAAGCCCUUCCGCUGCACCUCCUGCUUCUGGCCCUGCUGCCUGCAAGAGAUGGAGGUCCAAUCCCCUCCUAGCACCACCAUAGGUUAUGUGGUUCAGAACUGGCAUCCCUUCAAGCCAAAACUGUCCAUCCUAGGAGCUGCCAAAGAGACUCUCCUGACGAUUGAAGGUCCUUUCUGUGCCUGUAGCUGCUGUGGAGAUGUUGAUUUUGAGGUGAUGGGUAAGGACAGUGACCAGCCCAUUGGGAGAAUAAGUAAGCAGUGGAGUGGGCUGAUAAAGGAGGCCUUCACUGACUCAGACAACUUUGGGAUCCAGUUCCCCAUUGACCUGGAUGUCAAGGUGAAGGCUGUGCUGAUGGGGGCCUGCAUCCUUAUUGAUUUCAUGUUCUUUGAACGCAGUGGUGACGGUGAUCAACGGUGUUCUGUAUUUGGAUGAGAGAGUUUUUGAUCAUGUACAAAUUACAUGAUACUAUAAUUGAUAUUGACAUGGCUAUUGGAUGUAUAUGAAUCACAUAACAUGACAUUUAAAACAAAACAAAUACGUGUUCUUUAUUAAGUCAAUAUAUUAAUCUGUAUUUUGAGGUUGUCUAAAUACCAUAUUCAAACAUUUGUAACACUGUGUGGGCUUUUUCAUUUGAAAAUAUUGAAAUGUCAUGUAAUAAUAUUGGGUCUCUCAUGUAAAGGAUGAAGCACAUUCUCAAAUAUAGCUGCGAGCAGCAAUGAAUGGGGUUCACUGGAUGACAGAAAGAACACAAGAUCAGUAGAAUAACAAAGCAAGCACUAUCAUGUAUGAAUGAUCAUCAUUUAUGUGCAAUCAGUAAAAGUAUUACCAUGUUUAUCUCUCAAUAACACAAGGAUAACAUAAUAAUAAAAAUAUUUUACAUUUGUAAAAAUCUA